AUGUGGCCUGAAGAUGGUGAGGUAUGGUAUAACCAUGAAAUAAAACAACAGCGUCACCAAUUUGUUCGAACAACAGCACCUCAUUUAUAUGAUUAUGCAACACUAAAACAAGUAAUCACAGCAGCUAGUGCCCCACAUGAAAUAAUAAAAUUAGUACCAAGUAAUAAUAAUCAUCAGCAAAAUCAACGCGAAAUGGGACAUGAAUUAUUAAAACCACAAGUACAAAAUCGCAAACAACAACAACAUUCAUGGCUUCAACGACCAACCCAAAAAGCUGUUAAACAACGGUCAACAAAACAACCUUCAUUUUUAGGUACUACAAAUGACAUUCGUUCGGAUCCAAUUGCAGAGAAGCCUCAAACAUCCUCCAAACCAACACCGUAUUCAUUCUCUGAGCCAAAAUUAAAAUCCUCAGUUGGUGGUAGUUGGAUACUAAAUACUUGGGUUUUAUUGUCAUUGUUGCUAUUAUCCAUGUUAGGUGGUCGAUUGUUACGGCGACCCACACAAUCGAUAGCUGGUGAUUCUGAACAUCUUGUUCAAUUAAUUGUGGCAGUUAUUCGUGUGGGAAUUCAGUUUACACAUGCAAAACAACAUGAUGGUUUGUUUGGUUCUAGCAAGAUUGAAGAUACAUCGGGACAUUGGGAUUGGUUAAGGCCGUAUAUGGUGCCAUAA